AUGAACACUGACUUCAGUGCCCCAGGCGAGAAGCAAUGGAACGCAGAGCAAGAACGGACUAAUGACGCUGGCACAAUGAAGCAAGACCUGAGCGACAAGGAUGGGCAAAAUGAGAGAGCCCAAACGAAGCUUGACUCUCUUGGGGAGAAAGAUCCAGAGAAGUUCGGAGGGCAGGUCACCGUCGAGGAUGAUGCCUCUGCCGAACGCGCUCGUGACAAUGGUGUCGAUGAGAUUUUUCUCUACAAAGUCGGACUCAUCAAUUCAACGAUGAGCCAGAUCGGAUGGGGCGCAUAUCACUACAAGCUCUUCAUGCUCUGCUCCCUCGGCUUCCUCAAUGACAACAUAUGGCUACAGGGUGUCGCCAUCAUCUUGCCUCAGAUCACCCGUGAAUUAAGCCCGCCGGGAGGCCACGUCGCCUUUGUGACGCUCUCGCUCUACGUUGGCUUGAUCCUGGGUGCCAGUCUCUGGGGCGUCAGUGCCGACAUUGUUGGCCGCAGAUUGAGCUUCAACAUCACGCUAGGACUCUCUGGCGUCUUUGGCUUAGCGGCAGGUGCAUCGCCCAAUUUCGUUGCUCUGUGCAGCUUGAUCGCUUGCACGGGCUUCGGCGUCGGUGGCUCGCUCCCUGUCGACUCUACAUUCUUUCUCGAUCAAGUACCAGCAGCACAACAGUGGACGCUCGUGCUGAUGUCACUCUGGUGGUCAGUCGGUCAGCUGAUCGCAUCUCUGAUCGCAUGGGUCUUCAUCGUCAAUUUUUCGUGCCCCGACAAUGUGCCAUGCACGAAUCAGAACAAUCAAGGCUGGCGAUACACGCUGUAUACCCUGGGAGCACUGACGACGGCUAUGUUUCUCGUCCGCUUCCUCGUCUUCAAAGUUCAAGAGUCGCCGAAAUAUCUCAUUGCGCGAGGCAGAGAUCAGGAGGCGCUCGACGUCAUGCACACGAUUGCGAAAGCUAACGGCAAAGAGAUCAGUCUUACUCUGCGUGAUCUUCAGCUUCGGUCGCCCGAUUCAGACAUGUCGGAGAUCAAAUAUACCAACAAGGAGCUCGUCAAACGCGCUUUGGCAGAAGUUUCUCUUGCCCACGUCAAGCCUCUCUUUUCGACCACGAAGCUUGCUAUCAACUUUACCCUGUUGAUGUGGCUGUGGCUCGCCAUUGGUAUCGCUUACCCGCUCUAUAAUGCCUUCUUGCCCACAUUCUUGGCUCAGAAAGCGGCAUCGGCAUCCGCCGCCACGAGCGUCAACACGACCUACAAAAAUUAUGCUAUCAUCUCGACUUCUGGCAUUCCCGGAUCGCUCUUUGCAUCUUGGCUUGUCGAACGAACACGGAGUGGCGGGAAGUUCUCUCUGGGCGGUCGUAAGCUCGCCCUGGCCGUCUCGACUGUCGCUGUGGGCGUUUUCCUCUUUAUCUUCACCAUCGCCACAACCAAUUCGGCCGUUCUCGGUAUCAACUAUGCUGCCGGUUUCUUCCAGAACAGUAUGUACGGUAUCUUGUACUGUGUCUCUCCGGAAUCGAUCCCGUCUCCGAACAGAGGGACGGCAGAAGCCAUCCUAUCAUCGCUCAAUCGCAUCGGUGGCCUGCAGGCGCCCAUCAUCGCAACCUAUGCCGGUCUGACGACAAGCAUACCCCUCUAUGUGUCUGCUUCGCUCUUUGUCAUCUCUGGCAUCGUCGCCUGCUUCUUGCGCGAGACCGCCGGCAAGGCUGCCCUUUGA